CUGAAAACCAGCAGAGUCUGAAUGAAGUCUUGGUUGAGGAAGACUUAAGGGAAAGUGAGGUGUGUGGACAGAGGCAGAUACAAUGUGUGAUACCGACGAGAUGACCAUCAAUCUUCUCUUGGUUGGAAGGACCCAAAGUGGCAAAAGUGCUGCUGGGAAUAGCCUUCUGGGCAGCUUUGACUUUGACAGCCAUCUAUCCCCAAGCUCCGUGACCACAUGCUGCCGUCUCGGAUGCAGCUGCCGCAUCUCAGCCUUCACACGCCGAAAUAGCCAUGAGCUAGCCCUGCGGGUUCACGUGAUGGACACACCAGGGUAUCCUCACAGCAGCCUGAGCAAAGAAGAGGUGCAGCAAGCGAUGAGGGCAGCUCUGGCUCAGCACUUUGGAGAUGAGGGCCUUCACCUAGCACUCUUGGUCCUGAGAGCUGACUUGCCUCUUUGUGAGGAAGAAAGUCACACGAUUCAGUUAGUCCAGGAACUUCUGGGUCCCACAUGGAAAAACUUCACUGCAAUCCUAUUUACGCAUGCAGACAAGGUAGAAGAGGCAGGAUUAACUGGAGACGAAUACUUGCAUAUUGCCUCUGAUACCCUGUUAAACCUUUUGAGCUCAAUACAACAGAGAUACAUUUUUGUAGACAACCAGGCAAACACACUCCAACAGGAAAGAAAAACAAUCUUAAGAAAAAUCAUGGAAUUUAUAAGACAAAAUAGUUACCAGGUGCUUCUAGUUAAAUAAAUUGAUGGUGACAAACACAAAUUACCUCUCAGGUACUCAUUUACUGACAGCCA